CGCUCCUCCGCCAGCAACCAAAAACUUGAAAGAACCAGAAUUCGCACCGCCAGCGUUUUCUGUUGCUCGAGGAGCUGCGACAGGGACAAUGGCGACUUUUGCACGUCCUGUGGCCUCGUCAAUUUCAGGGAUUGACUUUGGGGUCUAUUCCGACGAAGACAUCAAAGCUAUCUCUGUAAAGCGAAUCCAUAAUACCCCGACAUUGGAUUCCUUUAACAAUCCUGUUCCUGGAGGUUUAUACGACCCUGCCUUAGGUGCAUGGGGCGACCAUGUUUGCACAACAUGUCGACAGAAUUCGUGGUCCUGCACUGGCCAUCCCGGACACGUUGAGCUGCCAGUGCAUGUAUACAAUGUUACGCACCUUGAUCAGCUCUAUCGACUACUAAGAGGGCAAUGUGUCUUCUGCCAUCGCUUUCAAAUGUCCCGGACCCAAGUUAAUUCAUACGCUUGCAAACUGCGUCUUCUACAGUACGGGCUGGUUGAUGCGUCGGAAGAGAUCGACAGGAUGGGAUCUAAGAGUCCUAAGCAGAGGAAGACGACUAAGAAUGCUGAUGGGUCCGGCGACGAAGAGGAGGAAGAUGAAGACGAGGAUGAUAUGAUAUCGCGCAGAAACGCCUACGCCAAAAAGUGUAUCCGGGAAGCACAGGCGGCUGGACUGCUCAAAGAUAUCUUGGCUGGCGCAAAAAAUCCUCUGGCCUUGGAAAAAAGGCGAGAUUUGAUCAAGGAAUUUUUUAAGGACGUUGUCGCUGCUAGAAAGUGUGCCAAUUGCAGCGGAGUUUCACCAGGUUACCGCAAAGACCGAUCUUCUAAGAUUUUCCGGAAGUCUUUCACAGAGAAGGCCCGGCUCGCUAUGAUCCAAGCUGGAUUACAGAUCCCCAACUCUCUGAUCCUUCUUCAACAAGCGAAGAAAUUGAACACCAAAGAGAAGAAGGCACUCGCAAACGGUAUUUCUGAUACUGCUAGCGUCACUUCCGAGACCCACGGCGCGGAGGAAGAAGUCGCUCGCGGAAAUGCUGUCGUGGCACAGGCAGAGAGCAAAAGGCAGGACGCUGGCGAAACCCAGCAGUAUAUGCCAUCGUCUGAAGUUCAUGCGACGAUGACUUUGCUCUUUGAAAAGGAGGGAGAGAUUUUGAACCUCGUCUAUAACUCUCGACCUACUUCGAAGAAGGACUCCAAAGUUAACGCAGACAUGUUCUUCAUUAAGAAUAUUUUGGUACCGCCAAACAAAUACCGCCCUUCCGCUUCCCAGGGUUCCAAUGCUAUUAUGGAGGCACAACAGAACACUCCUUUCACCCAAAUUUUGAAGAACUGCGAUAUUAUUAAUCAAAUUAGUAAGGAAAGGCAGAACUCGGGCGCUGAUUCUGCCACACGCGUUCGAGAUUACCGUGAUCUUCUUCAUGCAAUUGUUCAACUUCAGGACACCGUCAAUGGCCUCAUUGAUCGUGAUCGAAGCGGCGCUACGGGGGCGGCUGCUGCGAAGGCCGCUAAUGGUAUUAAGCAAAUCCUGGAAAAGAAGGAGGGCCUGUUCAGAAAGAAUAUGAUGGGAAAACGUGUGAACUUCGCUGCUCGAAGUGUCAUCUCACCUGAUCCUAACAUCGAAACAAAUGAGAUCGGAGUCCCGCUAGUGUUUGCGAAGAAACUGACAUAUCCGGAGCCUGUGACCAACCACAACUUUUGGGAAUUGAAGCAAGCGGUCAUCAAUGGCCCAGAUAAAUACCCCGGUGCUGCUGCGAUUGAAAACGAGUUUGGCCAAGUCACCAAUCUCAAGUUCAAGAGCCUCGAUGAGCGCACGGCGCUGGCCAACCAGCUUCUCGCGCCAUCGAACUGGAGGAUGAAAGGGUCGCGCAACAAGAAGGUUUAUCGUCACCUCACGACUGGAGACUUCGUCCUGAUGAACCGUCAACCAACGUUACAUAAGCCGUCUAUCAUGGGCCACAAGGCUCGUGUCCUCCCCGGCGAAAAAACCAUUCGAAUGCACUACGCCAAUUGUAACACGUAUAAUGCUGAUUUCGAUGGUGAUGAGAUGAACAUGCACUUCCCUCAAAACGAACUUGCCAGAUCGGAAGCUAUGAUGCUUGCGGAUGCGGACCACCAGUAUCUUGUUGCCACUUCCGGUAAACCUCUUAGAGGCUUGAUUCAGGAUCACAUUUCGAUGGGAACAUGGUUUACUUGUCGGGAUAGCUUUUUUGAUAAGGAAGACUAUUACGAGUUGCUAUACAGCUGUUUGAGACCCGAGAAUUCCCACACGGUUUCAGAAAGGAUCCAACUUGUGGGCCCGGCAGUGAUUCGACCAAAGCCUCUGUGGACUGGUAAGCAGGUAAUCACAACUAUCCUGAAGAAUAUCAUGCCCCAUGACAGAGCAGGACUCAACUUGAAGAGCAAGUCCUCGACACCUGCGGAUCGAUGGGGCCCAGGAAGUGAAGAAGGUGAUGUCAUCUUCAAGGACGGAGAGAUGCUGUGUGGAAUUCUCGACAAGAAGCAAAUUGGUCCCACCGCAGGUGGUUUAGUCGAUUCUAUCCACGAGAUCUACGGUCACACUGUUGCAGGAAGAUUAAUUAGUAUCAUUGGACGACUCUUGACUAGGUUCUUGAACAUGCGUGCGUUUACUUGUGGUAUCGAUGAUCUUCGACUGACUGAGGAGGGUAACCGCAUGCGUAAGGAGAAGCUUAGCGAGGCUCCGAAGAUUGGUCACGAGGUCGCCUUGAAGUAUGUGACUCUCGACAAAACCGCGGUACCUGAUCAAGACGCCGAGCUUCGACGGCGCCUGGAAGAUGUUCUGCGAGAUGACGACAAACAAGGCGGGCUGGAUAUCGUUUCUAACGCUCGGGUAGCCACCUUGUCGUCCGAAAUUACAAAGGCCUGUCUCCCGGCUGGCUUAGCUAAGCCUUUCCCGUGGAAUCAAAUGCAGUCUAUGACUAUUACUGGAGCCAAGGGCUCUAGUGUCAACGCGAAUUUGAUUUCUUGCAACUUGGGUCAGCAGGUUUUGGAGGGUCGUCGUGUCCCCGUUAUGAUCAGUGGUAAAACCCUUCCCUGCUUCAGGGCGUUCGACACGAACCCUAUGGCUGGUGGUUAUGUCUCCGGUCGUUUCUUGACUGGUAUCAAACCCCAGGAGUACUACUUCCACGCCAUGGCUGGUCGUGAGGGUCUAAUUGAUACUGCUGUGAAAACCUCUAGAUCAGGUUACUUGCAGCGUUGUUUGAUUAAGGGCAUGGAAGGGUUGAGAGCAGAAUACGACACUUCAGUCAGGGAAACAUCUGAUGGUUCUAUGGUUCAAUUCUUGUACGGAGAGGACGGUCUCGACAUCACCAAACAGGUUCACCUUGAAAAUUUCGAAUUCCUGGCUGCGAACCAUGUUUCUAUAAUGUCACAAGUGAACCUGAAGACCGACUUCCACAAUUUGGAGAAGGAUGAGGUCACUAAUUGGCAUAAGGAUGCCAUGAAGAAAGUGCGCAAGACUGGGAAGCUUGAUGCUAUGGACCCUGUUCUGUCUCUCUACCCCCCUGGAGGUAACCUGGGUAGUACAUCCGAGUCCUUCUCGCAGGCGCUUAAGAAGUACGAGGACAGCAAUCCGGGCGACCUUCUGAAAGACAAGAAGAAGGGCAUCGACGGAGUUAUCAGCAAGAAGUCUUUCAAUACUUUGAUGAACAUGAAGUAUAUGAAAUCCAUUGUUGAUCCUGGCGAGGCUGUCGGAAUUGUGGCUGGUCAAUCUAUUGGUGAACCUUCGACUCAGAUGACCUUGAACACAUUCCACUUGGCAGGCCACUCUGCUAAGAACGUGACACUGGGUAUUCCUCGUUUGCGUGAAAUUGUGAUGACGGCCAGUAAAAAAAUCAUGACUCCGACAAUGACCUUGACCCUGAAUGAGGAGCUACCUAAGGAACACUCCGAGAGAUUUGCAAAGGCUAUUAGCAAGCUUAGUAUCGCAGAGGUUGUCGACAAGGUCCAGGUCAGAGAGAGGAUAUCUUCUGGCAGCACAAAGGCCAAGAUCUACGAUAUCGAAAUCAGCCUCUUCCCUGCUGAAGAGUAUACUGCGGAAUAUGCAAUCACGAUCAAGGACGUGCAAUUAACUCUGCAGCACAAGCUCAUUCCUAAGCUUGUGAAGCUCACCAAAUCUGAGCUCAAGAAGCGAGUUGAUGAGAAGACAAUGAGCAAACAUUCAACUGCUCAGCCCGAAAUCGGCGUUUCUGUUGGCACCGUCGAGGAGGCUCCUAAGGGUGCUGAUGUUGAAGAUCGAGCUCCUGAUGACGAUAUUGAAGACGAUGAGGAUGAUGCUAAGCGGGCUAGAGGAUCUCAGAACCGCUCAAACCAGGUCUCUUAUGAAGGACCUGAAGAUGACGAGGAGAGAAUGGUGCGACAGCUUGACACUCGUGAGGAUGAUGAUGACGAUGACGACGAGGGACAGGCCCGUGACGUCGAGAUGCACGAUGCCUCGGACGAUGAGUCGGAUGCCGAAGGCCACACGACAGACUCCAAACUCCGUGAGGAAGACGUCAAGGGCAGAUUUGCUGAAGUCACCCAGUUCAAGUUCGACCCACGUAAGGGAUCUUCGUGCACCAUCCAGUUGCAGUAUGAUAUUUCGACUCCUAAGCUUUUGAUUCUGCCUUUGGUUGAAGAAGCUUCCCGCAGCGCAGUUAUUCAGUCCAUCCCUGGCCUUGGAAACUGUACAUUCGUGGAGGCAGAUAAAGCGAAGGGUGAACCUGCUUGUGUUAUUACAGACGGUGUCAACUUGCUUGCCAUGCGUGAUUACCAGGACAUCAUCAAGCCCCACUCGAUCUACACGAACUCGAUUGACCACAUGCUUACCUAUUAUGGUGUCGAGGCUGCUCGUGCAUCUAUUGUUCGUGAAAUGUCCGACGUCUUCAAGGGUCACAGUAUCUCCGUCGAUAAUCGCCAUCUGAACUUGAUCGGUGACGUGAUGACACACUCCGGUGGCUUCCGCGCCUUCAAUCGCAACCAGCUUGUUAAGGAUAUUACAUCCCCUCUGGCUAAGAUGAGUUUCGAAACCACAGUCGGAUUCCUCAAGGAUGCGGUCAGAGAGAGGGACUUUGAUAACCUUAACAACCCUAGCAGUAGGAUUGUGGUUGGUCGUACCGGAACUAUCGGUACUGGUGCAUUUGACGUUCUUGCUCCUGUGGCAUAGAUGGCUGGCUGGUCUGUGAAGCGUGAUGCCCUUUGCCACUUGUCUUGCCGUUGUACAUUUUCUCAAGGUUUAUCCAUGUGUUUAUAUGCGGUUUCUUUUCUGAUGUGUCCAACGAUCUCUGGAGUUUUGUCUCAGCGGAAAUAAGAAAAGUGUCCUUUUUUUUUUCAAAUAGUAUUUAUUUAUUUACAAGCAUUUAUACCUUGGGAAGGUAAAAUAGAAUCUUGUGUAUUUUGCUAGAAUUUAAAUCAUG